AUGGGAGAAGUCAACCCGUCAUGCAUCCUUUCAGAGGAACACAGGCCCAAACAUGUCAUCACUGAAGGUGAAGGAAUCCCAUUGAUCGAUCUCUCUCCAAUAACCAACAGGGAAGGGUUAUCAGCUGAUCCAAAUAAGGCAGUGGAAGACCUUGCUGCUAAGAUAGGUGAGGCUUGCAGGACUUGGGGGUUCUUCACUGUGAUCAACCAUGGCGUGCCUUCAGGCAUCCGGAGAAGAAUCAUGGAGGCGGCACGGGAAUUUUUUGCAUUGCCGGAGGAGGAGAAGAAGAAAGUGAGCAGAGAGGACCACAACACGGCAGGGUUUCAUAACGAUGAACAUAGCAAAGACUUUAAGGAUUGGAAAGAGGUUUAUGAUUUUUAUGUUAAUGAUGGGAUGCUAAUGCCGGCUUCCCAUGAACUUGAUGACCCUGAAAUUGUUCCAUGGUUCACUCCAUGGCCCGAGAACCUACCCGAGUUCAGGGAGACAUGCGCAGAAUACGGUCGAGCAUGUGAGAAGCUAUUCUUCAUUUUGUUGGAACUUGUCAGCCUCAGCUUAGGCUUACCCCCGAAGAGGCUGCAUGGGUACUUUGAGAAUCAAGCAAGCUUUGCCCGACUCAAUUACUACCCUCCAUGUCCCAAACCGGAGCUUGUUCUUGGCACCGGUGGACACAAAGACCCUAGUGCUCUAACGGUCCUCGCUCAAGAAGAUGUCGAAGGCCUCGAUGUGCUUCGAAAAUCAGACGGAGCAUGGGUUCGUGUCAAGCCUGUCCCGGAUUCCUUUGUCAUCAAUGUUGGCGAUGUUCUUCAGGUAUGGAGCAAUGACCUUUACGAAAGUGUCGAGCAUCGGGCCGAGGUGAAUGCAGAAACAGAAAGAUAUUCCAUCCCUAUAUUUUUUCACCCUUCUCAUGAUGUAACCAUGAAGCCGUUGGAUGAGUUGGUUGAUGAACAAAGCCCGGCCAAGUACCCCGAAUACAAGGCAGGGAAGUGGCUGAAUUUGAGGAUGUAUAAUAACUACAAGAAACAUGGCUUCUAUAUGCGGAUGACUGACUACAAGGUUGCUGCUUAG